CACCACUGCCAAUUAUUCAAUUGAAUUGAUAUUUUACAAGAAGUUAAAAAUCACGAUCAAACGUAAACAACGAUUAAAAUGUGCGAUGUUUUGUUAAUAUUUUAAAUAAUUAUGAGUGGUUUAUUUAUUUUGAUAAAGUUCAAGGAUCAACAGACAAUAAGAUCGGUUUCUUCGAAAUAUUCAAUUUGUGAAUAGAUAAAUUAUAAUGCUUACAAAGAGGUUAUAUUUUUAUUGAAAAAUUUAUUCUAACCAACCAUUUUCACCAAGAUUUGUUUAACUACAUUAGAACGCUUUAUAAAAAUGGCUGACUUUUGGAAAUCUCAGACCCGCAAAUAUUGUGAUUUCUGUAAAUGUUGGAUUUCGGAUAACAAAGCUAGCGUUGACUUCCACGAAGGGGGAAAAAAGCAUAAAGAAAAUGUCAGCAAGAGACUCAAAGAAAUACAUAAAAAUAGUGCAAAGCAAGCCAAACAGCAGAGAAAAUUUGAAAAUGACUUGGAAAAGAUGGAAAAGGCAGCAAUGGAAGCUUAUAUGAAGGAUGUCGCGAACGGCAACCGUGAUAUGAUUGCCGAUAGCAUCAUUCAGCAAAAGUGGAGCAAAGAGCAAGCAGCACCGGAACCAGCUAAUCCAAAUCAAAUUCCAGAGGCAUCACCCAACGCUCAUCCAAGGUGUACUGAAACGGUUUCUUAUAAAAGUUAUGGACCAGCUGAUAUUGAUCCACUAGAUCCAUUUGCUAAACAAAAAUUGGCUCGACUAGAAGCAAAAGAAAAAAUUAAAACUAAAACAGAAGCGAGAAAAGAAAAAAAGAAAAAGAAAAAGGAAAGUGCUAAUUUACAAGAAAAAGCAGGUGGGAGUCAAUUAUUACAAAGAAAAGUUUGGUAUGAAGCUCAGUCUCAGGGAUAUAGUUAUUAUUGGAACAUCGAGACUAAUGAAACAAUGUGGGAACCACCAGCAGACGGUUUUAUGUCCUUGGCUGAACAAGCUGAAGAGGCUAAAGAGCAAGCGCUUCAAGAGGAAUUGUUUGAACAAAUAGAUAAAGAAGAUGAACAAGAAAAAGCCAUUGUACUGGAAGAACAAAGAGCCAACGCUGAAAGAGAAAAGCUUAAAGAAAUUCGAAAACGAUUUCAUGAAAGCAAAAAUCCAGAUACUGAAAACGACGAUAAAUCGGACCAGGAAACAGUGUCUUACAGACGAGAUUACAGUGUGCCAGAAAAACCCCAACCUUAUGGUAGUUGGCAAGUUGUUAAUAAACCUAGGAUAGAUUUUCAAUUACCAGAGAAAGAAAAGGUUCCAGUUGCUACUUCAGUUCUACGUACCGAAGAACCUCUGCCUAGGAAGGUCUUUAAAGAAAAAACUAUCACCAGUAUUUCUACUGGAGAUAGCGACGACGAAGCUUUUGCAAUUUCAUUUAGAAAGAGAAAAUUUAGUAGUAAGAACGUACGAAAACGCAUGGACAAUGAUUAAUACUAUAUUCUGGUAUGAAUAAGUUUAUAGGAGAGACCAGAAUGAUUCUAAUCUGUAAUAGAGUAAUAAUAUGUACAUUGUGUAAGCCAGAUAUCGAUAGAAAAACGAAAUUGAAUGCAUGUAAAGAACUACGUUUUUAAAAAUGUAUUAUUCAUAUUGUAUUAAUAGUUACAAUUUGUAAAUAUAUAUUAUCGUUUUUGCAAGACAAAGAAGUUAAUUUGUAACUUUGUAGUAGACAUGAGUUUAGUUGCUCACAAUAAUGAAAAAUACGUCACGAACUAUUCAAAGCAAUUUAGUUUUUUGACACUCCGUGUGUAAAGUACGUCUUUCCCGUACGCUCGGCAAAAAACGAUGUUGAAAAUUGCAUUUUCCAUAGUCGUAUCAAAAAUACGGUACAACACAUCUUUAGGAAAGAGAUUCUUUUUUUCGUAUACUAUUUCAGUUUCCACCCUCGCUUCGUUCAUGUGUAAACGACACACAAGACAAGAAUCUACUUUCUCGCAUUUGUAUUGUAUUGUACUAUUAACUAAUCCCAAGCAGAAUAGGGAAAACGGGAGAAAAAAACCUGACAUAUACUCUAACUUUCACUUAUAAAACAAAUGCAACUAAGGAGAUUCCUGAGUGGAUUCGUUCCAUUUAAAGUGAAUAACUAAUUUUAUACGACGUGCAGUUGUUUUUUUGAAAAAAAUAAAAAAUCCUAAUUUUUUUCCACUUGUGACUUUUGUUUACGUCGUUUGAAAUAGAAUAUAAUUGUAUACAAUCAUAAAUGAUAAAUGGAAAAUAAGGUACUUAUACGCAAAGUUAUUAUUAUUUAUUAACGUUGAUUUUUUCAAACAAGCUUUUUUCGUAGUGUAAGCAAUUUUAGAGAAAAGUCGCGUCAAAUACCCUCGUUCGUAUACGCUAGCGUAAGAUUUUUUCUAAUAAAUAAACAAAUGAUUGGUUUGCUGGCUAGCCAUAAGAUAGAGGAUAAAGUCCGGUAGCGUGCAGUAGAUGAAGAAAAAAUUAGUGAACGCGAAACAGAGCUGGGCAGAUCUCCGAGUUGCCUAAGCAGACAACCGUGUAGUAGAACAGAUUGGCGAGUGUCAAAUGCCGACGGUGAUGGUCGGAUUCUAGCGAGGAUGCCGGCCAGCUGUAGUUACAGUCUGACCAAGCGUAUGUUAUUGUACCUAUAUAAGCGUUCGAUUACCUCCCCUCCUCCCCCUCCAAUCCGCUAAGUGCAGCAGAGACUUGAAUCAAGUGUAGAGAGAUUAGCGAAUGACCGUGAGCAGACGCUGCAUUACCAAAAGUUGUCGUUACUGCCAAAUUCAUUCUUCGAACCGCACAUUUUAGACAUUCGAUGCUUUUCAUUCCUAGUAGGUUAUCCAAGCUUAUCUUGCAAGCUAGGAAUAAAUCUUCCUUCGUUGUGAUUCCCAUAACAACUGAGCUUUCUAAUAGCUUUAUCUAAAAGAAUUAAUAGAAAAUAAUUUGUUUAAGGAAAUUAAAUCUUAUCGAUUAUUAUGUGAAUUCGAUAUAUGUAAUAUAAAGAAUCUUAAUCGUUGCUAUAUUGAUAUAAAAACUAACAAAUUUAUGGAAAAUAAUCAAUGAAACGAUGCAAUUGUUUGCGAGUAGUUUAUAUAUAAUGAGAAUUUCAACUUCUAUUAAAUUAUGUCGAUGAAACAAUUACUCAAUCUUGCAAGUUAUUAACUGUUAUCAAAACUCUUAGAUACAUUUCUAUUGCUAGUAAGAGUACUUUUGCCAAAGUUUCUUUAUUAUGGGUCUCCUAACAAGCUGAUGAUACCCAAGCUUUUGCAAGAGUUUAGUUUGGCUAAAAGUUCACCAGCCGUUUUUAACCUUUAAGUUUCUGAGCUAAUAUAGAUAUGUACGGUAAAAAUCUUUUAACUAUUCGACUAUUAUAUUUUAUUUGAUCUUCAAAGUUAUUUUAUCGCCAUAGAAAUUUAUGAUUAUUCUAGUCCAAUAAAAUUUUUAGCCUAUGAAAAUCUUUCACCCUCCGAUAAGAAAGCAAUGUUAAUUUCUUUAUUACCGAAUUUUUAACUUAUGAAAACUAUGAAACCAUAAGUUUCUUUUUUAUAGUUGAAGUAUA